CCAAACAGUCCGCAGUACGCUAUUAGAAGCGUCGCGACGCCGAAUCCCGACGUCGAUUCACCCUCGGUGGGCGUAAGCAUGAUCCCGAAAAUGUUUUAGUUAGUUCUCUUUCGCGCUUCUACCCGACUAUUUCGUGUUAUCCCGUCUCUUUUUUCGGGACUUUUUGUUAUCCUGUGCCAAGACAGCUUUCUCCUGAUCAUUUUUUCUGACUUGGCGGUUUACUCAAUUAAAUGACCGUCUGAGCCUGGUUGUUGUUUUAGCGCUUCAAGAUGCCUGAGCCAACAGGAGAACAUCAUGCAGAGCAACGGCAGGCGCCAUCGCGCAAUAAUCCGCUUAUCAAACCGUUUGUAGUGCUGGCUUUGCCAGGAAUGUACUUGUUUUACAAGUACAACCAGUACAAAAGGAAAAGAAAAGAGAAUGCGACAAGAAGACUGGCGGAACGAGAGCUGCAACAUUUGAACAGCAAGAUUGAAAAGCUUUUAUCCAAAUUGGAAGAGAGCCAGCCGGAAUUAGCUACAUGCCGUGAAGAGGAGUGUGUUAUUUGCAUUAAUGCCAAAGCCACCAUGCAAACCUUGCCUUGCGACCAUCAAGUAGUCUGCAGAAGAUGUUUCGUCAAGACUAUUCAGAUAGCAGUGUCUCAAAGACUUCUUCCACUCAGAUGUGUUAUAUGUCGAUCGAAGAUUUUAAGAUUGAAGAAUGGUCGUCCCAUGUUACCUUCUUCAAUUUCCGAAUACUCGAUGACCUCUGGUGACUCGUCUGUACCUGCCUCGGACAGCUUGUACAGUGUGAGUAGCGGUGGUUCUUCCAUUUCCUCAUCUUCCAGCUCUUCCGACGGUGCGCAUCUGAAGCACCAAACAGCGCCAGGAAGAAAAUGCUGCGAUGGUCACUGUGUAGGCGGCGCAUACCCUCGACAGCCCAGUACUGGAGCUAUUCGAAGGUCCCAGAAGCAGGAAAUGAAGAUGACACUCAAAGACUAUUGUAGAGCGGAGAAGAGUCACAUCAAUCGGUUACCUCCAAUUCGCGAAUCCAGUCCUCUACACAGUGUUCCACCUGCUUCCACAAGAAUAAGAUGUGCACAGAAAAUCAUCACUCAACUGGAGCUGCCUUUCCUUGGUAGAUCAUCCAAGGGAAAUAAAUACGAAAAACUGCAGCAAAACGAUGAGGAGGAUGAACUUGCUUAUGUGAAUCCAUCGAAGAACAGCGUUAAAGAGAAAAACGAUAAGAAGCCAGAAGACCGCAAACGUUGGUGGUCCGAUCGGACCAAAUCCGAAGAGCGAAUCGACAAUAAGAAGAACGAGAUUCUCGAGAAAAGCAUGGAAAUGAAGGAGAAGCUGGUUGUUAUAAAAAAUACCAAAGGAAAAUUGAAAGCAAGUCGAGAUGAAAAGCUGUAAAUGAGAUUUCAGUGCGGCACAAGUUUUUAAAAAGUUUUGGAAUUUUCAAGGUUUUUUAUUCGCGAUUUUAAGGAAAACGUAGUACAAUUACCAAUCAAAAUGUUCGUUAACAACAAGCAAAAAUAGAAUACUCGUUAAAAGCCUCAGUAUUUCAGAAGCAAUAGUUUUAUGCGACUUUCCAAAAAAGGUGGUUUUAUUUAUAUUUUUAAUGUUAUUUUUGCACAUGCUCAUUAGCGUUUUAGUCAGGCAAAAAGAGCAUUCGACUUUUGCGUUAUUUACUAAAUUAAAGUGAGGUUCUGCAUUUUCGGCAAAAUUUUUAUUUCUGAAAUUUUAAGGGCGCAUAAAAUUUACAGGCAAAAAUUGUCAAUUUUAUUAUUAUGUAAUUUGCUUGUAUUUUAAAAUACCAGACUAUCGCCUAAGAAAAAAAUUUUAUGUUUGGUCAGGGCUGAAUAAAAAAGUAUUAAAAGGAAAAAUGAUAAUUAGCAGUUGCAACUUUCGGCUAAUGCUGGAUGAAAAAUCACUGUUCAAAAGAACUGAACGCAAAUUUUUCCAAUUGCAAAUCUGUUAUCAUGAAGCAGCAAAUGACAAUGAAAACGUGCCGGAUUCCAGCAGAAAAAUUAAUUUUUAGUCUUUAAUGGGUUAUGUGUGAAUAAUCGUUUAAUCUCCUUUUGUGCUUCAAAAACGCUGUAAAAAUGGUAUUUUCUUGGCUAAAUAUAAGUUACCAAAACAACAAUAAA